AAUGCCAAUUGUCAGUGUGUGUGGGGUUUCGUCUAUGAUGCCAAGCCUUAAGGCUUGUCCACAAAUGAUUGUCCUCACAGAAUCGUGACGCCAGUCCUCUGCGUGUGUGGGCAGUUUAACCCUUGUAGAAUUACAUAAUUUCAUUACACCAACUAUUGAAUUGCAUCCCCUUGGGUCUUUCCAUUUCCUUUCUAAUCAAUCACUUUUUGCCCAUCUAUUGUCUCUUUCCCUACACAAGUGUCCUGACAGUUGCCCCUUCAUGAUUUCAGUUGCCUUUAUUGUGUCAUCUACUUGUCUGUUCUCAUAUCCAUUUUCUUUAAUGCUUAUCCAUCUGGUUGGCUCCUAAGGUGGAUUAGGGGGUACCUCAGUAACAGGACCUCCCGUGUGUUCUUCAGUGGUGCAUACAGUCAUUCGAGAAGUUUUCUCCUUGGUACGCCUCAAGGGGGUGUUCUAAGUCCGUUUUUGUUUAAUAUUUUGAUGCAUCGGCUACUCACUUCUCUACCUGACAUUCCUGGUAUUACGAUUACAUGUUACGCUGAUGAUAUAUGUGUUCAUUCCACUUCACCAAGGGAUCUUCAGCUGUUUCUUGCCUCCUUCUCCGUGUCCUCCUCUAACUGUGGUAUCAUUGUCUCUCCUGAUAAGAGCAGGAUAUUCUCCUGCCGCCCUCCUGCCGCUCUGCCAGACUUCACCGUUGGAGGGACUGUCAUUCCCUUGUGCACCCAGUACUGUUACCUUGGCACACCUGUCAAGAUCUCAACAAUUUUCCCCGCCGGGCUGGCGCCAGGCCCAUCCUCUCAUCCGUGACUUGCUAGAUCGCCUCCAGAGACGGCUUCAACCUCUCCAGUGGCUCACUAACAACUCUUCGGGCAUCUCCAUUCCUGUGGCCAGGACCAUAUAUAUUACUUUCAUUCGCUCUGUUGUUAAUUACCUCUCCCCUGCCUUGGUACAACUUCCCCAAACUACUUUAGAGCCCUUAGAAAAAUUUCAGAACAGAGCGAUGAGAGUCAUUCUUGGGUGUCCCAUGUCUACCGGAAUUGUAAAUAUGCAAUGCGAGCUACGUCUUCCACCCUUGGUCGAGAGAAUUUAUUCUAAUGUCACUCGCCUCACUGUUAAGUGCCUCCAUUUCCCACAUCUCUCGCCCCACUACUCGCAGCUGAUCAGGAUGUCGCUUGGACCCGCUCGACCUGUUCCUCCUAUAUUGCCCGCUGGUCGCGCUCUUAUUCGGUCUGUCUCUUCCUUGAUGCGCAGUCUUGAUUUGGAUAUUCCUGCUGCUGACGUGCCCCCAGGCCCGCCCCCGUGGUUGUUGCCAACGCCAAAGGUAAGCCUAACUCCAGCAUCCAAGUCUGACCCGCCUCCCUUACAGCUGCAGUUGGCCCUGGAACACAUAGCAACAGUGACGUCCUCCAUCACAGCUCCACACUGCCUCUACACUGACGGGUCACUGCAACCGGACGGUGUGGCUGGUUGCGCAGUCUUCUCACCUGACUUGGAGCCUCCUCCUGGGGGUUGGGUUGGCCGUCGCCUCCGUGACCACUCCAGAUCCACAUUGUCUAACCGCCUAGCGAAGGAAGCCUGCCGUCUGCCUCCAUGUGGUGAUGGACGCCCCCUCUCCCUGCCCUGCCAUCUCUCCAGAGUCCGCUCCGCCGCCUUCCUUCCUGCACGGCGUCGUAGGGAUGCAGAGAGGCCCCACAGCGUCACCAUCAACCACUACGAGUCUGUCUGCCGCCACAAAUACUCCUACCGACGCCGGGGCCUCACGGUUCGGAGACAUAAUGUUGUCUCCGCACGUCUGCAGCUGGGCUACCGUCCACCGUGGCAGGUCGCCGGGGUGGAGGGGGAGCCUGUAUUUACGAAAUGUCGCCUGUGCUGCUCACCGAUGUCGAACACCAUCGAACAUUACUGCCUGGCCUGCCCCACUGUUCGUGGUUUGCUACCACAGGGACAGCCGUUGGAUGCUGUCUGCCGCCACCUCCUGAACCACGACUUCCUCGACACAAUCCUGGUGCGCCACCCUCGUUUUGGUGGAUUCUCCUAAUGUUAUGUGCCCUACGUGGCACUAGUCCCUCUAAAUUUUUGACUUAUCUGUAUAUUACAUCAACUUGCUUCCUGUUUUAGUGUGUGUGUGUGUGUGUCCAUUGUCUAUAGUUAAACCUGAUGCAUUUGCUAAAAAUUGUUUUGUCUGACGCUAAUGUG